UCUCCCGGGGACGCCCGGAAACGCGCCUGGGCCCAAAGGCCUCAAGCCAGCCGUCUUUUCCCUCAACCCUCGCUUCUUGGUGCCCUUGUGGUUAAAUGUAGCCCCUGGAAUCGGGCGGGGAGGUUUGCAGGAACAUGGCGGAUCUGUCGCUGCUCCAGGAGGACGUUCAGGAGGAGAUAGACGUAUUUGGUGUGGAUGACUACAUCUCAGAAUCUGAUGCGAUUAUUGUAUCUUCAGCCCUGGACUUUGUCUCACAAGAUGAAAUGUUGACGCCUUUGGGAAGAUUGGACAAAUACGCUGCAAGCGAGAAUAUUUUUAAUAGGCAAAUGGUGGCUCGAAGUUUGUUGGAUACUUUGAAAGAAGUGAGUGAUGAUGAGAAAGAUUGUAUUGCUGUAUUGGAAAGAGUCAGCAGGCUAGCAGAUGAUUCAGAGCCAACAGUAAGAGCUGAGUUAAUGGAACAGGUGCCUCAUAUUGCUAUGUUUUGUCAAGAAAACAGGCCGUCAAUCCCUUACGCUUUUUCAAAAUAUUUAUUGCCCAUUGUGGUGAGGUAUCUAGCAGACCAGAAUAAUCAGGUGAGAAAAACAAGUCAAGCAGCAUUACUUGUUCUGUUGGAACAAGAACUUAUUGAACGAUAUGAUGUGGAGACCAAAGUAUGUCCUGUUUUAGUAGAACUGACUGCUCCAGAUAGCAAUGAUGAUGUGAAGACAGAGGCAGUGGCAAUAAUGUGCAAAAUGGCCUCCAUGGUUGGAAAGGACAUUACAGAGAGACUCAUUCUCCCUAGAUUUUGUGAAAUGUGCUGUGAUUGUAGAAUGUUUCAUGUACGGAAGGUGUGUGCAGCCAAUUUUGGAGAUAUUUGUAGUGUAGUCGGACAGCAAGCUACUGAAGAAAUGCUGUUACCUAGAUUUUUCCAGCUUUGUUCAGAUAAUGUGUGGGGUGUGCGGAAGGCUUGUGCUGAAUGCUUUAUGGCUGUUUCAUGUGCCACAUCACAGGAAGUCCGUCGAACAAAAUUAUCAACACUUUUUAUUAACCUUAUCAGUGACCCUUCACGAUGGGUUCGCCAAGCUGCCUUUCAAUCCCUGGGGCCUUUUAUAUCAACAUUUGCAAAUCCAUCCAGCAGUGGUCAAUUUUUUAAAGAAGAAGAAUGUAAGAACUCUGACAGUCAGAAUUUUAUAGAAGAACACAGCAGUGAAAACAAUAAGGAUUCAGAAGAUGUAUCCACAUAUGAUGUACAAAGCCAGACAGAGUUGUCUUUAGACACUGAGGAAUGCGAUUUUGAAGCCACCCCUGAAAAUGACAAAACAGAAAGUAACUUGGUUCAUUUCCAGGAUGAGGCAUUGCUACAUAGUACUUUGUCUUUAGAACCAUGCAAAGAACCUUCAGAUGAGAAUGAACCCAGUUUUGAUCAUUGUAUGUUAGCAGUGCUACCAGAACCUGCAUUGCAUUCACAGGAAAAUUCACUUGUGGAGCAAGAACUGUAUAAUUCAUUCCAUUUCUGGAGGACUCCACUUCCUAAGAUAGAUAUUGAUUUAGAACUUCAGGAAAAUGCAGAAAAGGAUGAUUUAGCAAAUCAGAAAGGACAACAAGAGGUUAUGGCAUGUGCAUCUUCAAACAUAAUGGCUACAAGAAAGGAGUUGGAAGAAAUGAUAGAAAAUUUGGAGCCUCAUAUAGAUGAUCCAGAUGUUAAAGCCCAAGUGGAGGUACUCUCUGCUGCUCUCCGAGCUUCCAGUCUAGAUCCUCAAGAGGAGCCUUCAGCAAGCAUGGGCAAGUUCUCAAACUGUCAAAAUGAAAUGUGCAUCAAAGACCAACUAAACUGUGCAUUCAUCCAGAAUGGCACAGAGCCUUUAAUCAAUGAUGCUGUUGAGGACAUUGUAGAAUCCACUCUUCAUUAUAUUCACAGUGACUCAGACUUGAACACUAAUAGUUGUUUCAGCCCUGAAGAAGAAAAAAAAUCUAAAAUUCAG